AUGGAGGAUGAUAGCUUUGACUCCGUGAUAAGAAACUACCAGUGUAAAGUCUGCAAAAAAGCUUUUAAAGACAACUCCAAGCUCAGAAGGCACAAUUUGGUCCACACAGGUGAAAAACCAUUUAAAUGUCCAUAUUGUGAAAAAUGCUUCUCAGUUGAUUUUAAUCUCAAAACUCAUAUUCGGAUCCAUACUGGGGAAAAGCCUUAUAAGUGCCCAUACCCUGGAUGCAUCAAAUCGUUCACACAAGCUGGUAAUUUAAAUACUCAUAAAGAGAUUAAGCAUAGUAUGAAGCGUCAAGAUAAGCUUCCAAUAAUUAUACAUAAUUCUGAAGGUGUAGAGCAUAAGCUUAUAUCUGGGACUUUAUGGGAGGUAGAGCAAAUGAAAAUAGCUGUAGGUAGUGUAAAAUUUCAAUUUAAAUAA